AUGUCUGUCCUUCGGAACGGGGCCCGUGUCUCAGCACGACUUUUCCGCCAGAACCUGCACCAAUCCAUCCGUGCACCAUCAAGGGGGCCCGUUGCCCGGUCGUUCAAGACACAAGCUCCCAGAACAGCUGCCCCCUUCGCUUUCGCCUUUGAUAUCGAUGGUGUUCUUCUACAUGAGUCGCGACCCAUUCCUGGUGCUACCGAAACACUUCGGCAUCUCCAGACUCAUCAAGUACCUUUCAUCCUGCUCACCAAUGGUGGCGGCAAGCAUGAGGCGGAGAGAGUCGCCGAUUUGAGCGACAAGCUCAACGUCCCCCUUUCUGUUGACAACUUCGUCCAGUCUCAUACCCCUUUCCAGCAGCUUGUGGGAGACUUGCACGACCGCAACAUCCUUGUCACAGGUUCCAACGCCGAGAAAAUCCGCACCAUUGCUGAGCAGUACGGAUUCAAAAACGUCAUCACACCCGCCGACAUUCUCCUGAACCACCCCUCAAUAUGGCCUUUUGAGCCCCUCAUGGAAUCUGUAUACGCCAGUACUGCGAGACCCCUCCCGAAAGGAGACCUCAAAAUCGAUGGUAUCUUUGUAUUCAACGAUCCCCGCGACUGGGCCUUGGAUAUUCAAAUCAUCAUCGACCUGCUUCUCUCGGAGAAUGGCGUUCUGGGAACCUACUCCUCCAAGAAUGGACAGUCCGGCCUUCCCAAUCGAGGUUGGCAAUCGGAUGGCCAGCCGCUUGUGUAUUUCUCGAACCCUGAUCUCUUCUGGAGCGCAGCCUACCACCAGCCUAGGUUCGGCCAAGGUGCUUUCCAAGGAGCGCUUCGUGGUGUAUGGAGUGAGGUCACUGGUGGCACCGAGCUGAACUGCCGCACCAUUGGAAAACCCUACACGUACACUUACGAGUACGCAGAGAGAGUAUUGAAUUCCCACCGACUGGCACUGCUGGGGCAGGAUGCUGCGUCUGAUGUGCUGCCCCUUCAGCGUGUAUACAUGGUUGGAGAUAACCCGGAGAGCGAUAUCAGAGGAGCGAAUGAGUAUAAUAGCUCCGAUGGCGCCGAGUGGAAGUCUAUUCUUGUCAGGACAGGAGUUUGGAAUCCAGCCCGCGGAGACCCGACGCACACACCAGAUUGGAUUGCGGAUAAUGUUUCCGCCGCUGUGAAUUAUGCUCUGAAGCAAGAAAGCUGGAAGGGAUUCUAG